AUGUCAAGUUCUGUUCAAUCGGUAAUUAAAGACAUAUUAUGCAUUACUAAUGACCCCUCUGAUUUAUCUUCCGCUACAAGAAAAUAUACUUUAAUUCAUGAAGAUGACAAUGAAGGUGUAUUAGAUUUUACAUUAGAAUCUCUUGAUUCACUUCUGGUCUCUCAAUUAACUGAAAAUGGCCGCCUACAACAACAACCUUUGGGUUAUUUACAUGAUUCAUUCCAACGUUGUCAGCAGCUCAAGAGACUUAACAAGAGCAAUACAGAUCAAGAUGUACAGAAUACUUUGGUAGAAAUUGAAAGGUUGUUAGUUGGAUAUGCUGUGGUUUGUUUCCAGAUUGAAGAGUUUGCCAUAGGAGGGAGUUUCUUGACUUAUGUUCGAGAUAUCGUACAACAUACAGAUCAAUAUACCGAUUUACUUUCAGCUAUGAUUCAGAGAGCUAUUAGGGAUGAAACUGUUUUUGAGGUUACAAAUAACUUCUUUUCUGCGCUUAUAGAACUUAUUAAAGAAAUGAACGAUUCUAGGGCCAACAAGUUCGAUUUAAAUGAUCUUACUUACAAUCGCGUGUUAACCCUAUUUGAGUUAUUUGUAUCUUUUAAGCCAGUAGCCGCUAUAUUUUCCCAGUUAGAUGGAUUUUUCUUCCCUUAUGAUGCAAAGCCUAAUAGUAUUGAAAAGAUAACCCUUUUGGGGCCUAUUUUAACACUAUCGCCUAUGAAUUUGAACGUUGCAGCUAGGAACUACGGUGAAAACUUGGAAAGGACCCAACAACAAACCAAUAUUAUCCAUGAGUCUCUUCAAACUGAGCACAAGGUUAUUCUAAACAGGUUGUUCUAUAUUGUGGACAAGAUCAUAAGGGGUUCUUCUGAAUCCCGUAACGGUGUUUUAUCAUAUUUCGCGCAAAUUGUGAACAAAAAUCAUCUAAGAAGAGGAGAUCAUGCUCAGCAUAAUAAGUUGUCAUCAAAUGCAUUUAUGACAAAUAUUACAUUAAUUCUAGUGAGGUUUUCACAGCCUUUUCUUGAUAGUACCUACAAGAAAAUUGAUAAGAUAGAUGUCAACUACUUUAACAAUUUGAAUCUGUAUAUUGACUUGUCCCAAGAAACCCGCAUGAAUUCUGACUUCAAGGAGGCGGACGAAUUCCAUGAUAAAAACAGAAAAUCCGAUGAUAAUAAACCUAACUUCAUCAGUGAUUGUUUCUUCCUUACGUUAACGUAUUUGCACUAUGGUCUAGGGGGGACUCUUCUUUAUGAUGAAAAGGUGACUCCGCAACUGAAACGAAUGAAGCAAGAGUUAAAACAAAUAAAAGAUGCGGCAAACAAUUCAUCCAACACAGAUAUCUUUGCUAGAUUUGCGGCGAUGCAAUUGCCAAGUUUAGAGAAGACUUGUACUACCUUACAAUCAAUACUUGAUUCGAUUCAAGGUGUUUUUUCAAACAAAGAAAUACAAAUGGAAGUUUUUGAAUUUAUUUGCGGUGUUUCAACUUUUCUUGUUCGGGUGGUGGAUCCAUCCCAUGAAUUCCCUUUUAAAAACUUAGAAUUACCGUUAAUUCCUGAUCAGGUGGGCGUAGAGAAUGUCGACAAUGCAGAAUUCUUGCGAGCUCAUGCUCAGGUUCCAUUUAAAUAUUAUCCGGAGUUUGUGGUUGAGGGCCCUAUCAAUUAUUGUUUGUACAUCUCGAAGUAUAUUAACAACCCUAUAUUCAGGCACCCAAGGCUUCAUUCUUUUGUUGAAUUGGCAACAGUUAUCUUGCGUUGCCCGGAAUUAGUUUCUAAUCCACAUUUGAAGGGUAAGUUGGUUCAGGUGUUGAGUAUCGGUGCGACUGCUUUGGGGGAUAAUUCACCCGGAUUCAUGAUGGAAAUAUUUGAGAACUGUGAAUUGGUAAGGAAAAACAUAUUCUACGCAUUGCUGGAUUUCUACGUGAUAGUUGAAAAAACGGGCUCAUCAUCUCAAUUCUAUGAUAAAUUCAAUGCUCGUUACAGCAUUUCUAUUGUUUUGGAAGAACUAUAUAAGAUUUCCGCCUACAGGAAUGAGCUUUUCCUACAAUCCCAAAAGAAUCCUGACUUCUUCAUUAGGUUUAUUGCUCGGAUGUUGAAUGACCUAACAUUUUUGCUUGAUGAAGGGCUAACUAACUUAACAGAAGUCCAUAAUAUAUCAAAGGAGUUGGAGCUUAGAGCUCGUAACCUACCUCCUACCAGGGAGGAAGAUAAUGAGGAACUUCAAGCUAAACUAACAGCGGCAGAACGUCAAGCGAGAUCUUCAUGCAGCUUAGCAGAUAAAUCGAUGAUUCUAUUCAAUGUUUUCACUAGAGAUAUUCCCAAAGCUUUCGUAUCUCCAGAGCUGGUUGAUAGACUUGCCGGCAUGUUGAACUACAACCUGGUUUCUUUGGUCGGACCCAAAUGUCGUGAACUUAAAGUUAAAGACCCUAGCAAAUUCCAAUUUAACCCUAAAUCUUUAUUAAAAUCUCUUUCUGAGAUAUACAUCAAUUUAUCUGAGCAGGAUGAGUUUAUUUCUGCAGUUGCUAGAGAUGGCCGUUCAUUUAACAAAGACCUCUUCGAUCGCUUGGUACACAUUUUAGGACAUAAAACCGGGUUGGCGUCCCCAGAACAGUGCGAAAAGCUUACUAACUUCGCCAACAAGACUUACCAACGUAAAUUAGAUGCUGAAGAAGAAGAUAUGGAUAUGGGAGAUGUACCAGACGAAUUUUUGGAUCCACUAAUGUAUACUAUUAUGAAGGAUCCGGUUAUUUUACCAACCUCGAAGGUCACUAUUGAUCGCAGCACUAUUAAAGCACAUUUGUUGAGUGAUUCCACUGAUCCAUUUAACAGGACACCACUUAAGCUAGAGGAUGUUAUACCCAACGAGUCCUUAAAAAAUAAAAUCGAAGAGUUUAGGAUGACGAAGCAACGUAAUAAAUAG